AUGAAUUUUUGUAUUUGUAUUUUUAUUUUAAAAUCAACAAAGUCUGAAUUUACUUCACUAAAGGAUUUUAUUAAAAAAACCAGUUUAGCGUUUGUCGAUUUAACUAACAUUCAUAAAGAGAUUCUUAAAAAUAUCUACGAAGUAAUUAAAUAUGAAGAAAGAGAUAGCGUUGUGUUAUUUAUGGCGGCUGCACUACAUAAUACAUCAUUUUUAAACAAAUUUGUUGAUAACUGGGAUAAAGGCAUGUAUAAAACUAGGGGAUUACUAGAAAUCCAAGGGUUUGAAAAAUAUCAAACACUUUCUACAUUAUCAACCAGAUAUAAUUAUGUAGAAAAUUAUGAGAUGCUUGGUGCACCAGUCUCCUUUGUAAUAAAAGACUGUUAUCAAUAUUUUUUACAUGUAUUAAAACUACAAUAUACAUUUGAGAAUUAUUGUCAAAAAAUGGGAUUAGGCGAAUAUGAAAAAAUAAAAAAUCGAAGGGAUAUCUUGAGAUUUAAAAGUAUUUAUGAUGUUCUUACAGAUGUUUAUUAA